ACCCUAAAUGAGGUUGUAGCCUUGGUCAUUUUAGCGGGGAGGAUGAUUAGGCGUACCUGUUGUGCUUGAAUAUGUUCCGGCUGUUUGAUGAAUUCUCGACUGCCGAUGCUUAGAGAGCUGGAGUCACAGGGCGGACGAAGGGAGUCGUGAGGAAGAAUCAGACCACGAGAUUCAUCGAGUUGCAUUGGAAAUAUGAGGAGAGUUUCUCUGGAUGUGCUGCGAUCGGCUUUGUGGGGUAGAUCGGUCGAUCCAUGGGUUUCUCUAAUGAAGCCCUUUUCGGCAGAACCAGGGCAGCAGCUUUUGAGCUCCAGAUCCUUUGCUGCGGAUGCCGAAGGAGGAGAGAAGGGAGGAAAGGAUGAUGAGAAGCAAACGGAAAAAACUGAGCUCGGUCGUUGGUGGCAAGCUUUCAGUGAGCAGAGCCGUAGCCAACAAGGCGCAGGAAGUUUUCAGAAAACAGCCAAGGAAGAUAAAGGCAGCCAAUGGUUUAUUCCGAAAAACAAUGGUCUAGGUGAAGGCCAAGAGCAAGGCGAAUCCACAAAUAAAGAAGCCAGCACUAGGUGGUUUCUACCUGCAAAAGAAGGCUCUCCAGCAGAGCAGGACCGUCAGGAAAUCACAAGCAAGCAGGUCGGGGCUCGUUGGCUUGCCUCCACUCGAGAGAAAUCUUCUACCGAUACAGAACUGUCUGAUCUCUCAAGUAUCCCAUGGUUCGGUUCCAAUGGAGAGAGUCCAGCUUCAGAGCGUGAGCGUCUCGAAGUCUCACUUCAGAGGUUGGCAUUGAUGAGCAAGCUUGGGGACAACAGUCAAGCUCCGUCUUUCAUGUUUUUGCCUCCUAAGGACAAUUUAUUGAGGAAGUACUUCCAUUGGGAUAAUCUUUCGUCGCCAGAGAAACAUAAGAUAGAGCUGGAAAAGGUUCGAAGAAGCUUUCGUAUUCAUCCAACUGACUGUGGCUCCUCUCAAGUUCAAAUUGCUCUUUUGACAAACAAGAUUAAGUACAUGACUCAGCAUAUGGGCACUCACAGGAAGGACUAUCAUUCACGCAAGGGUCUUGAAGCCAUGGUUUCUCAGCGGAGGAGACUUCUGAAAUACUUACGUAGGAAGGACUGGAAUUCUUACUGUGAUGUUAUUUCAAAGUUGGGCUUACGAGAUAACGUGAUGGAUGCUCCUUCCAAACGAUGAACCUCUUUUACGAGCUCCAACGUCUUCCGGCAAGCGAUCCUGGUUCACGGUAGCGGUAUUGCUACCUUCAGAUUUUGAUGUAGUUCGAGAGAAGCUGGUGUAACAAGUCCUGACCCGUUCUGCCUUGCCCAUGCCGUAUUUAGACACUGUUCCAUCUCUACAUAGCUAAGUUUUGUAAGCAAGAGAAAGGGAGUGACGAAAUUACUGGAGUUCUUUCUUCCUGAGCUAACAACCCCGUACCUUUCGAUAAGCACAUGAAGCAGUUCGAAGUCGAAGAAACACACGCCGACAGUUUUGAAUUCCACUGAAUAUUGAAACAGGGCAACCAGCGAGGCUUCUAAAGUAAUUCUUCGGUAGAGUUUUGUACAUUAGAGUCUACCAUGAAUCUAGGAUUAUUCAGAGGAUGCAGCUACCCUGUCUGCACAGAAAGUCGCCGAGGCGGCGGUUAGCAUUCCACUUUACAUUUACACCAUAUUGCUUUCCUAUCAUGCUCAGCAGCUCUAUCAAUUGGUUGACCUAUCAGGUAAAGGAUGGGUCCAAUUUGGCAAGGCCAAACUUGUCAAGAUUUCAGAGGACAAUAAGAUGGUUGAAGUAACUUCGUUCUUAGAACCGAAUAACGGAUAUGGGAUCUAUGGCUUCAUAUUCUCGGAUUAAAUUCUCUAUCCGAAUUUGAAUGAUUGUUUCAACGUUUAGUGCGGAUUCCAGCGGCUGUCUAUGUAGGCCUCUGCACCCGCUGAAUAAUGGAAUAUGUACUUCCGUUCAAAGCUU